GGAGCGGACACCGGAAAUUGAUUUCGUUUUGUCAUUCUAUGUUAGUGUGCACAGGUGUUAGUGACUGUUAGUGUUAGCCAAUGCAAGCCAGCGCCCGUGUAUUGGUGGAGCAGCCAAUGCUGCUUGCAGUUCAAAAGGGCAGACAACAACGACGACCAGCAGGCAAAGCAGCUUCAAAAGCAAUAACACAACAAUACCUGGUGGAAAGCAACAAAAUAAGCAUUUAAGCCAACUCGUUCGUUUAUGUUUACGGUGCGUGAGUGUGUGUGUGUGUAUUUGUUCUUAUGAAUACGCAAACAAAUCAAACUAUAAUGGCCAUCGCAAGCUGCGAGUAUUUGCCGUGUGUUCAAUACUCAAAUUCAAAUUUAGAUUCAUGCUAGAAAGUGUCGCGUGCGAAAGUGUAAAAUAAAAGCAGCAGCAACAGCAGCCGCGCAAUUUUUUAUGUAGCUGAAAACUAAAACCUGUUCUUGACGCUAAGUGCAAGUUACACAUACACACACAUAUGCGCAAGCCAAUACGUGUAAAGAGAGCUAAAGGCAAUAAACAAAAACCUCAACGAGAGACUAAAACGAAAGACAACUUAAGCUCAAUGUGCACUACGACUUUGAAGUAAAUUCUUUGAACCACACACAUUCACAUCAAGACAAAAUAAAAAACUGCACUUCAUCGCCGAAAAUUUACAAAAAACCUCCAAUUCGAAAAAAAAAACGAUCAUGGCUAUGACUUCUGCUGCUGUCUAUGCGUCAGCAACCGCUAACAACGCGCACGUCACACAACAGCAGCAACAGCAAACAACAAAUCAACAGAGGCAGCAACAGCGACUGAGCCGUGCGCGCACGAAAAGCGCAGCUCAUAUGACGUCGACGUACACGCUGCUGCUCAAGCGCGCCAAUUCAGCGCCCCAAUGGAUAUUUCUCUUCAUAUUAAUUUAUUUAGCAACAGAUGUUGCCUCGGUGGAAGUGCACACGAAGGAGGCAUAUUUCAAUGGGUCCGCUUAUCUGCGUCUGCAAACGCCCAUGCCCACCUGGGACCACUCUGCGAUCAGUUUCCGCUCGUGCCGCGGCGGUGAAAUACUCGCCCAGCAAUAUAACAAAAACUCAAUAGUAAUCUCAGUGCUGAACGAUUUCCUGCAAGUUUCCCUCGCCGGACCAGCCGUCAUCGGGCUGAACAAUCGCCUGGACGUCAGAUUGCCCUACCAACUGCUGGACAAUCGCUGGCAUACGCUACAAUUCAAGUACGAGUACGGUAAUCUCUAUUUGCAUGUGGAUCGUGAGGCAAUUAUAUUUGCCAACUCGACGUACAACAGCCAGUUUCUCACCAAUCAGGACAUCGGCAACGAGUUGGCCAUUCUGAUAUUGGGCAAUUCGUUCUCGGGCUGCCUGCUGGAUGGACCUGGACUGCAGUUCGUGAAUGCAUCCAAACAGAAUGCCGUCUUUGGAGUCUGCCCAUUGUCGUAUGGUCCGUGCAGUGAGCACGAAACAUUUACCCGGGCGCAGGACAACUAUUGUCUGAAUGAUCCCUGCAUGGGUCAUGGCACCUGUACUUCAAGUGCCGAUGGCUACGAAUGCCGCUGCACGGCACGGUACUCGGGCAAGAACUGUCAAAAGGACAAUGGCUCGCCGUGCGCCAAGAAUCCGUGCAAUAAUGGCGGCACCUGUCGCGAGAAUUCACGCGGUGACUACCAAUGCGUCUGUCACGCUAAUCAUAGUGGCGAACACUGUGAGACCGAGGUCAAUAUACAUCCGCUCUGCCAGUCGAAUCCGUGUUUAAAUAAUGGCGCGUGCGUUGUGCUGAGCGGCAGCUCCAGUCCCACCUGCGAGUGCCCUAAGGGCUAUACGGGCACUCGGUGCGAAAUCGAUAUGGACGAGUGCGCCUCACAGCCCUGCCAGAACAAUGGUAACUGCAUCGAUAGCAUCAAUGGAUUCAGCUGCAACUGCAGCGGCACUGGCUACAUGGGCGCCUUUUGUCAGACGAACAUCGAUGAGUGCGAUGAUAAUCCGUGCUUAAAUGGCGGACGCUGUUUUGAUACGUACGGCGGCUACACCUGCCAGUGCCAAGAUGGCUGGCAUGGCGAGAUCUGCGAGAAUCCCAUUAGCUGCCAGACCCAGCAGUGCCUCAAUGGCGGCACCUGUGUCGAUAAGGCCAUCGGCUUCCAGUGCAUCUGUGCGCCCGAAUAUAGCGGUGAGCUCUGCCAACUGGGUCCAAGCUGUGCCCAGCAGUGUCCCAUCGAUUCGGAGUGUGUUGGCGGCGUGUGUAUGUGUAAGCCAGGAACUUCGGGCCCCAUUGGUCAUUGCCUGCCAACAACAACAACACCGAUACCAGAACAAGCAACCACUGCAACAACAACCCCAGCUAUUCCCACAACAAUUGUUGCAACAACAAGAAAUAUUACUACCACCAAAAAACCUUCAAUAACCAACACAACAAGAACAGCAACAACAACAACAGAAAGUAAACUAAACAAACAGCAACAACAACAACAACAAGCACAAACGCAACGCUCGGCAUCCCUGAACGCAUGUCCCCAAGAAAAUUGCUUGAACGGUGGCACCUGCCUAGGAUAUAGUAACAAUUAUACCUGUAUAUGUGCUAGUGGAUACACAGGUUACAACUGCCAGCAGAGCACGGGCGAUGGCGCCGCCGCUUUGGCCUUGACGCCCAUCAACUGCAACGCCACAAAUGGCAAGUGCCUGAAUGGAGGCACCUGUUCCAUGAAUGGCACCCAUUGUUACUGUGCCGUUGGCUACUCUGGAGAUCGCUGCGAGAAGACAGAGAACUGUUCGCCACUCAAUUGCCAGGAGCCAAUGGUCUGUGCUCAGAACCAAUGCAUUUGCCCAGAGAACAAGGUGUGCAAUCAGUGCGCCACACAACCCUGCCAGAAUGGCGGAGAGUGCCUCGACCUGCCCAAUGGGGACUUCGAGUGCAAGUGUCAGCGGGGAUGGACAGGUCGGAACUGUGCCAACGAUGUGGAUGAAUGCGUGCUGCAGCCAAAGAUCUGCGGCAAUGGCAUAUGCAAAAAUGAGAAGGGUUCCUACAAGUGCUACUGUACGCCUGGGUUCACUGGCAUCCAUUGUGACUCCGAUGUAGAUGAAUGCCUCAGUCAUCCGUGCCUGCAUGGCGCCACAUGCCACAACAAGAUCAAUGCUUACGCGUGCGACUGCAAGCCGGGCUAUCAAGGGGAGAACUGCGAAAUUGAUAUUGACGAGUGCAUUAGCAAUCCGUGCUCGAAUGGCUCCACUUGUAUUGAUAUGAUUAACAAUUUCACGUGCUCCUGCAUACCGGGUAUGACGGGUCGCAUAUGUGACAUUGACAUCGAUGACUGCAUCUCGGCGCCCUGCCUCAACAAUGGCCUCUGCAUAGACGAGCUGGGUGGUUUCCAUUGCGACUGCGGCGGCACGGGAUACGAGGGCAAGAACUGUGAGCUGAAUAUUGAUGAAUGCGUGUCGAAUCCAUGCACGAAUGGCGCCAAGUGCAUAGAUCAGGUGAAGGACUAUUUCUGUGAAUGCCAUGCUGGCUACAAGGGAAAGAACUGUGAACAGGAUAUUAAUGAGUGCGAGAGCAAUCCCUGUCAAUACAAUAGCAGCUGCUUGGAACGCUCCAAUGCCACCUUGUAUCAGCUCAGCAGAGUUAUGGACUUGCCACGCGUAUUCAGUCAGCCCUUCAGCUAUGAGAAUGCUAGCGGCUAUGAAUGUGUUUGCGUGCCAGGCAUCAUAGGCAAGAACUGUGAGAUCAAUAUAAACGAAUGCGAGAGUAAUCCGUGCACCAAGCAUGGCACCUGCAAUGAUGGAAUUGGUACCUACACCUGCGAAUGUGAUCCGGGCUUUGAGGGUACACACUGUGAGAUCAACAUUGAUGAAUGCGAUCGCUAUAAUCCCUGCCAGAAUGGCACCUGCAUUGAUGAGAUUAAUGACUACGAAUGCGACUGUGAUGCCAAUUUUGGUGGCAAGAAUUGCUCUGUACCGCUAAUUGGCUGCAUCAGUGGUCCCUGUUUGAAUAAUGGCACCUGUCGCCCAUUUUUAGUCAACGAAACGAUACACCUGUUCAACUGCUCCUGCGAGCACGGCUACCAGGGGGAAACCUGCGAGAAGACCACAACCUUGUCCAUGGUUGUCAGCAGUCUGAUAACGGUCAAGACGCAACGCGACGAGGGCUACGACAUUAAUUUGCAAUUCAAGACAACGCUGCCAAAUGGUGUCCUUGCCUUUGGAACCUCCGGUGGUCAGAACGGACCGGUUAGCUAUAUACUGGAGCUGAUUAAUGGAAGGCUGAAUUUACAUUCAUCGCUGUUGAACAAAUGGGAGGGCGUUUUCAUUGGAUCAAAGCUGAAUGACAGUAAUUGGCACAAAGUGUUUGUGGCCAUCAAUACGUCGCACUUGGUGCUUUCUGCCAAUGAUGAGCAGGCUAUCUUUCCUGUGGGUUCCUAUGAGACAGCCAACAAUAGCCAGCCAUUGUUCCCACUAACCUAUCUGGGCGGAACCAUACCCAAUUUAAAGUCAUAUCUAAACCAUCUGACGCAUCAGCCCACCAGCUAUGUGGGCUGCAUGCAGGAUGUCGUCGUCAAUGGCAAAUGGAUCUUUCCCGACGAGCACAACGAGCCCGAUUUGGAUGAGAAUACCAAGUUGUCCUAUGUACAAAGCGGCUGUCCGCGCACGCAGCAAUGCAACCCAAAUCCGUGUCACUCCAAUGGCGAGUGCACAGAUCUUUGGCACACCUUCACCUGCCACUGUCCCAGGCCCUUCUUUGGACACACAUGCCAGCACAAUAUGACGGCAGCCACCUUCGGACAUGAGAAUACCACACACUCGGCUGUGAUUGUGGAGACGACAGAUGUAGCCAGACGCGCCAUACGCUCCAUUUUGGACAUAUCCAUGUUUAUCCGAACGCGUGAACCAACGGGUCAGGUCUUCUACCUGGGAAGCGAUCCGCGCAAGAUGCCCACAAAGAACGUUGGCGACUCGUAUGUGUCAGCUAAGCUGCAUGGUGGUGAGUUGCUGGUGAAAAUGCUGUUUAAUGGUACGCCGGAGGCAUAUACGGUCGGUGCACAAAAGCUGGACAAUGGUUACAAUCAUCUCAUCGAGGUGGUGCGUAAUCAGACACUAGUGCAGGUCAAGCUCAAUGGUACCGAGUACUUCCGCAAGACGCUGUCGACGACGGGUCUGCUUGAUGCACAGGUGCUCUACUUGGGCGGGCCGGCCCCAACGCGCGAAUCUUUGCUGCCAGUUAGCACAGAGCCGGGCUUAGAUGAAAACAGCGUGCCCGUAAGCAGCAGCACGCCGUCCAAGGAGUCGGACGAUAGCAAGGAUUACUUCAAGGGCAUAAUACAGGAUGUUAAAGUGAGCAAUGGUUCGCUCAAUAUGAUCGUCGAAAUGUAUCCAUUGAAUGUGACCGAUAUAAAUGUGAACGCCAAGCCCUUUGGAGCGGUCAGUAUUGAUCGAACGUCGGUACUGCCGGGCGAAGUGUCGGACGAUUUGUGCCGCAAGAAUCCGUGCAAACACAAUGCCGAGUGCCGCAACACAUGGAACGAUUAUAGCUGUAAAUGCCCGAAUGGUUACAAGGGCAAGGAUUGUCAGGAGAUUGAGUUCUGUCAGCUGGUGACCUGUCCAGGCGGCAGUAUCUGCCAGAAUCUGGACGAUGGCUACGAGUGCUUAACCAAUAUCACAUUCACUGGCCAGGAACAUUCGCCGCUGGCCUUCUCCUACUUCAAAGAGCAGCUGCCAGAUGAGAUUGGCGGCAUGACCAAGCAGCCGCUACUGAAACCGGUAAUUGAAAUUGCCUAUCGCACACGUGCCGGUGGCACUCUGCUCUUUAUUGACAAUCAGGAUAGCUUCUUUGAAAUUGGCGUGAAUGGUGGCCGGGUAACUGUCACAUGGAAGCUGACCCAGUUGCACAUUGGUGAGUCAGGGCGCUUCGAGAAGGAGAACACGGAUGGCGAAUGGAAUCGCAUUUAUUUGCGUGCACACGGCGGUAAACUUGAGGGCGGCUGGAAGGGUUGGGAAUCGAUGGUAGAUCCCACGCCUGGCUUCUCAACGGACAUCGAUCAGGCGGCGUUCCAGGAUCUGCUCUUCAGCAGCACCCAAGUCUAUUUGGGCGGCAUGCCAGAGUCGCGUCAAUUGCGCGGCUCCACACAAUCCUCCCAGCAGGGCUCCCAGUUCAAAGGCUGCCUGGGAGAGGCGCGCGUCGGUGAUCUACUGUUGCCCUAUUUCUCCAAUGCCGAACUCUACCCGCACACAGAGAAUGUGUCCGUGCAGCUGCAUGCACAAUUUCGGCUGAACUCGACCCGACCCGAGGAGGGCUGCAUUUUGUGCUUCCAAGCGGACUGUAAAAAUGGCGGCUACUGCAAUGCGCCCAACGAUGAAUACGCGUGCACCUGCCAGGCGGGCUACGAGGGCGAUGACUGCGCCACGGACAUCGACGAGUGCCUCAACACGCACUGCGAAAACAAUUCCACAUGUAUCAAUCAGGUGGCCAACUUCUAUUGCGAGUGCCAGCCCGGCUUCGAGGGUCGCUACUGUGAACAGAACAUUGACGAAUGCGCCGCCCAGCCAUGUCACAAUGGCGGCAACUGCACCGAUCUGAUCGCUGCCUACCGCUGCGACUGCCCCGACGAGUACACGGGUCCGCAGUGCAGUGCACUCAAGCAGAUGACUUGCGAAAAUGAGCCUUGCCGCAAUGAUUCCACCUGUGAAAAUGGAUUUAAUGCUCAAACCGGGAAUAACUUUACCUGCACCUGCUCUACAGGAUUUGAGGGCCCACUAUGUGACAUGCCCUUCUGCGAGCUGACACCCUGCUCCAAUGGAGGCUUGUGCCUGACCACAAAUUCCAUACCAAAUUGCAAGUGCAGUCUGGGGUAUGCGGGUCGCCUUUGUGAAGAGGAGAUCGAUGAAUGUGCCUCCAAUCCCUGCAUGAAUGGUGGCCAAUGUAACGAUCUUGUAGGUGGCUAUCAAUGCAACUGUACGUCCACUGGCUUUGAGGGCGUGCACUGUGAAAACGACAUAGACGAGUGCAUCGAGAGCUUGGAGUAUUGUGGCGAUCUCGGACGCUGCAUCAACAUGCCGGGCAGCUUUAAGUGCAUUUGCCAGAAGCCCUACUGUGGCGCCUUCUGUAACUUUACCGAUCCGUGUAAUACGCUAAACAUUUGCGCCAAUGGCGGGCAGUGCGUGGAGAACUGCGGCGGCGAAGCGGAUUACUACUGCAAUUGCACCGAGGGUUUUAUGGGAAAGAACUGCACAGCGCCGAUAACGGCCAAGGAUGAUGGUCCAUCGACAACAGACAUUGCUAUUAUUGUCAUACCUGUUGUUGUCGUCCUGCUGUUAAUCGCUGGUGCACUGCUGGGCACGUUUCUGGUGAUGGCACGCAAUAAGCGUGCCACACGUGGCACCUACAGUCCCAGCGCACAGGAGUACUGUAAUCCUCGACUGGAAAUGGACAAUGUGCUGAAGCCACCGCCAGAAGAACGACUUAUUUAGUUAGCACCAGUACCAAGCCUCAAUAUAAACAAAAGAUAUUUUACAAAAUCCGCCCAUAUAAGUACAAUGCGCUCCUGUUUUGUUGUACUAAGUUUAUCUUUAGUUAAGUUCGUCUUUAAAAGGUGCUCGCAAAGCAAUCAAUCAGGCUUCCACAGAGCAACUCUGCAGCAAUCCUCCCCCACCCCCCUCCCCUCUCCCACAGAGACACACUUAGACUUUAAUACCUACGCUUUAGUUAGUAAAUAAUUCAGUUUUCUAUUUAUUAUAGCGAGUAACUACUCACUUUAUAGUCGUUAUAUAAUUACUGUUUAGAUUCAGUAUUCGAUGUAAACAGAAUGAACGAAUGAAAUAUAUCUAAAAGCUGCGAACAAAGUUAUGCUGCACACAGAAACGGAAACACGAAAUUGAAAAUAGAGUUUAAACUAAAAAUAACAACACAAUUCGAAGCAUUCCAUGCGCAAGCCCUUAAAUACGAUAAUGUACAAGUAAAAUUUUGUAAAUAGGUGUGUAUGCCCGUUUUUAAACUAAAUUAGCUGAGCUAAAUAAAAUCCUAUAUACCUUUGCAUGCAUACAUAUAUAUGUUUAUUUAAACAUGCCUAUAUAUAUAUAUAUAAAUCAUUUAUUGCGGCCUUAUAGAAAGAGCAUCAGAACUAAUUAUACGUAACUAUUAAGUAAAUCAAAUAUUUUGCUCUAACAUUUUUAAGCGUAAACUUAAGAGACUGUACUAUACAUAUAUUAAAUAUUUCGACUUUUUUUCAAAGAAAAGAUAAUAAAUACAAAUAAUAAGCGA